AUGGCGACGUAUUUUGCUCCAUGGUGUUUUCUUUCUACGAUCGCAUUUGCGCCUCUCGUCCGAGGGCUGGCUGUGAACAAGCUCGAGCAGAAGCUGCCCAGGCAACCAACGCUGAAGCUGCAGGCAGAUCUUUCUGGUCCUGCGAUUAGUGACUUGCUUGUCAUUUACAUGUUACCUUGUCCAAACUUGAGUUUGCCAGCGUUUCAGCGCAGAUUGGUCUUGCAAGGGGCGAUUUACAAAAGGCAAUCAAGAGAGCUCCCGGCCUUUGAUGAGGAGCUUGAUCUUCUCAAGGACCAACGAGUGCACCAACUAUCAGACCUGCAGUCCGACGUGAUUCGCGAGGCGCAGCUCCAGGCGGAGGUGCCGCGGGAAGUGCCUGCUGCGCUUGUUGUUAGAGAAGAGUUUCCCGAUGCGUGCGUGUGCAGGCGUUUGCAGCUCCUU